UAUAUAACGGCGAGAGCUUUCCCGCCCUUUUUAUAUUCUGAUUACUGUUCGUCGCCUCGUGUUUAUCCGUAAGCCUCCGAAGUUAUUAUCUUUUUUUAAUUUAAAUUUUCUCCCGUCACGGUGCCACCCCCACCUCUCCGCUCUUGCCCUGCAUGGCGGCGAUGCGGUGCACUCGGCUUGGAGCGCUGUGCGCGGCUCUGCGACCUCUGGGGCCUCGGGCCUACGGCCUCCACGUGGAGUUGCUGCCGCCUCUGACGCCACCUUUGCCGCAGCAGAAGCAGCAGAGGCAGCUUCACGCUACGGGCUCGGCGGAGAGGGCCCACGCGGGCAACGUGGCCGUGGUACUGUCUGGAGCAGGUGUAUAUGAUGGAACAGAGCUACUUGAAGCAGCCUCUGUGCUGAUCCACCUGAGCCGUGGAGGGGCUAAGGUGGAGAUGUUUGCUCCAAAUGUCUCUCAGAUGCACGUGGUGGACCAUAGCAAGGGGGAGCCUGCCAUGGGAGAGACGAGGAAUGUGCUUGUGGAGUCUGCACGGAUUGCUCGUGGAAAAGUCAGUGACCUCGCCAAGCUGAAUGCUAGCACCUUUGAUGCGAUCAUCUUUCCCGGAGGCUUUGGAGUGGCCAAAAAUCUGUCAACAUUUGCUGAAAAGGGUAGCGACUGCAAAGUGAAUGCUGAUGUGGAGAGGGUGCUGAAGGAGUUCCAUGGGUCCAAGAAACCAAUUGGGCUCUGCUGCAUUGCUCCAGUGCUGGCUGCGCGUGUGCUGCCUGGUGUGGAGGUGAGCGUUGGGCAGGAGAGCGACCAGGGUGGGAAGUGGCCCCAUCACGCUGCUGCCGGUGCUGUCAAGGCCAUGGGGGCGAAGCAUGUGGAAAAACAUGUCACCGAGGUCCACGUGGACACCAAGAACAAGGUGGUGACGACGCCGGCGUUCAUGUGCGAGACCGACUACCAUCACAUAUUUGAUGGCAUCGGGGCCAUGGUGAAGGCAGUGCUGAACCUCGCCAAGAAGUGAUAUCUGUCGUAGGCAUCGAUUCCAAAAGUAUUGUUGUGAAACGUAGCUCUUGACAUUUUGUAGAUGCGUGGAGUAUGAUUUGUACUCCAGCAUUGGAUGUUUUUGUCGGGGGUUUUUUGCACUACAGCAUACCAAGGCUGGAUAAUGUUGCAAAUUGAAAGUUCAUUGUUCGUCAACAUAUCUUGUUUUGCUCUGGCACUGGUUAAUGGAUAUCGAGUGUGGUUGUCCAAACUCUUUAGAAACUGAAAACGAAGUGGAAGAAUGACAAACUACGAGCCCGGCCAUUCAGUCUUCCAGUCACUGUUGGGGGUGGGGCGAGUGCAUUCUUAUCUAUUUUACAGGCUGUAUGAUACCAUGAAUGUGAUGUCACACAGCUCUUAUAAUGACAGACUCUACAAGCUGCGAUUAAAUGAACCAUCGGGAACAAGAGUUUGAGAUCCAUAGCAUAUGUCAGACGAAUUAUUAAUUUUUAUCCACAUUUGCUAUUGGAUACGUCACAGCCAGUUAAAGAAUGUUUCAAAUUAUCAGCCGUCUUCAUGCUGACUGGUAACAACUAAAGACGUAGCAUUUUUCCAAGUGCAUUUGCAUUACUAUAAGCACAUGAGCCUAUAAUAAUUGUAUCAUUAAGUAUAUUUUAGAUGUUGCUCCAGAUAUAUAAAUGUACUCUGCAUCCAGAUGUUUAAUCUGCAGAUGCAGUAUUUGAAUGGAAAAAAAAGUAUGAAUUUUACUUAAAAGUUAAAACAUUAAAAAUGUACUAAGGACAUUUUGUAAUGUUAAUUUUAUUUCACUAAAUAAAUUAAACUGAAAUAUUUAAAAAUUCUGAUGCAAUGUACACCAAUACUAAAAUGUCAUAGUUACACGUGUUAAACUUGCUGUGAAUGUAUAAUGUAUUUAAUAAAAGCAAGCAGUUGCACUCUAAA